AAUACUGUAAGAUCAACCAGUGUGAGGUGAGGUACACUCUAAGGCGGCGGCAAAAGACACACGACGCUCUUGGUCUUUGGAAAAGCUCGCGCACCCAACGCUCACUUCUAUUACAUUAUAUUGCAUCUUCAAUCAAGCUGUGACACAGUUUUGUUGGUAAAACGUUAAAGUUUACUGGCGCGAUUAAUUUCUGUGUUUAGUGUUGUUUUUCAUGUGAAGAAGCUUCUUGUUUUUUACUUUUCCUCCAUUCCUGCUGAGUGAGAUUUACUAAACUGAACCAUUUUUGGUGCAGUAUGGAUCUCUCAUUUCAAAAUUAACCUCCUUUCCUUAAGAAGAUCCCUUCCCCAUGUUGUCUUAGACACAAAGAUUACCUUGUAGAAAAUUUCUUUAUGUAGAGUGUGUUGAAAAACUGUGACUUAUUUCACACAAAAUAAUAUUAAACGAUCCCACCAACCAUCUGGAUAAAACAACUAACAAAUCAUAACGUGGAGAAAGGAGAAUUAUCAUCAUCAAGAUCAGUGAAGAUCGCAACUCAAUUUGUCUCCAGUUCAUCACCGUAAUCACCCCAACCAUCUGCAGUGUGUGACACAAUCUUCUCGCCAGCAGUCAAUUUAUACUCAUAAUGAUUUUCCGUGUUUCACUAAUUGCUCUGUGCAUCUUUGGAUACAGCGUACUGACCACAGAUUCAAAGGAGUCAGUGAGAUCGAAGAGAGCUAAACGCCCCCGAGCACCAUCGAUCCAGGACUUUCGACCUGAACCUAAGCAAAAUCUCGAUGAACUACGCGAAGAACCACAACCUGUAGACAUCCCAAUUGGUUUCCUAUCGCCAUCAGUUCGGGAAUACCUUGAACUUGGAAGAUCCAUUCCUGGUCGCCCUGGCACUGACUAUCCCAUCCUCUCGGCAAUCCCCUACACGAACUUCUACUGCGACGAUCAACCAUAUCCGGGCUUCUUCGCCGAUAUGGAUACAAGAUGUCAAGGAUGGCAUUACUGUGACAUUGAUGGACGACAAGCGAGUUUCCUCUGCCCAAAUGGAACCCAAUUCUCUCAAGCUGUCUUCGUAUGUGACUGGUGGUUUAAUGUACGCUGUGAUCUCUCACCCCGCCUCUAUGCCAUCAAUGCUCGCCUCUAUCAAACACCCAAAGUUAAUCCAACGCGACCACAUCGAAUCAUUACAAAGCAACUGAUUGAUGAUAUUUUCAAUUAAUUGCAUCAUCACCAACAAUUGCACUCAAAUAUACUGAGAUAUUCCCUCCUCCCAUCUCUCUUCCAUACUAUGUAUACACUUUCAUGGAUUUCUUCCUCUCAAAACAUUUUUUUUCACCAUCAUUUUGUAUAGCAAUUAACUUGGUUAAUUAAAAAGAUUUUGCAGACAUAAAAACGGCACGUACAAUGUGCAGAAGUUUAGAGAAAAAAAAAUCUAGAGCAGUGCCAUCCAAUACAAUCACUUUUCUUGAAGACAAAAAAAUAUCUUUCCAUUGCACUCUCUUAAAAAAAUACUUUAAUAGGUACUGAAAAGAACGCACAAAACACUGAGAGAGUGUUGUUUGACGACAAAAAAAGUACAAUUAAUUUGGAUCAUUAAAUCUCAUCAAAAUGUCUUAAGUUAAGAAAAUAUAAAUUCCUUGUAAAUAAAUACUUUAUGUAAGUUUUUUUUAUAUACAAAAAGUGAUUAAAAAUAAUAAAUAAAAAAAAAUUAUGAGCGAAGUGGAAAGGUCGCUGGAAAAGUU